GAUUUUGUGUCGUACUGGUGUCAUCUUGUGAUAACCGGACUUUAUAGUAGCUCGCCUCAUGACUUACCACUUGCACAAUGUGUCGGCUUCUUUCGAACGGUGCAUCGAGGGCUUGCCGAGCGGUCUAAAUCUACUUUUCAUCCAUGCCCAUGAAUGAGUAUGCUGCCUAUAAUUAUUCUCCAUUGCAAUGAAG